UAAGACAGGAGACGAAUCUAGAAACUUCAUGAUUCUUGAAAUGCAGACAUUGCUUUUUUGUCACAAGUUCUAUCCAUUUGAUCUACUAACUGGUGUCAUUUUAAAAUUUCAGGUGGUGAAAUUGUGCUAAACACGAGUAUGAGUAAAUCAAACAAAGAAUCAGGUCGUCCAUGGAAGAUGGCAAAGAAGAAACAUACUAAAAUAUCAGGGCGUCGGAGGAAGUUAGGAAAGAAAAAGUGGUCUGACAUGUCAAAAAAGCCGUAUUCAAGACAACAACCGACUUAUAGCUGGAUGAAAAUCAACGGCGAUUACGAAAAAUUCUUAUUUCUCCUGAGGGAUUCAUCACAAAGUGAAUGGGCUGAGCUGAGGGAAAUCAUUUCUGAAUUUAUUCGAAAGAAUAAGACGUAUGUUGUGAAAGAUGAUCUGAGAUCAGAAGAAAAGUUUGCGAAGGCAGCAUUCCUGGAUGGAUACUUAAAGAAAUACGGACACGAAUUAUCGGCGAUCGGGGG